AUGGCCACAAAAACAACACUAAAAAGAGAUUUAGAAAUGACGGGCUUUAAUCCGAUUGUUAUGUUAAAAAAUAUUGAAGGUUGGAUACGUAAACUGGCCGAGAUCAGUAUAUAUAAAAGUCAAAUGCAAGGUUUGAAUAUAUUUAAAAGAUUGGUCAAUGAAUCUGUGGAUAUUUUGGAAAAAAAUCAUACAACAGAUCCCAGCCAUAUGCCAGAAGUAAAUAGUGCGUUAGAUUAUGCUUUAAAUGGCGUUCACCAGAACAGUCUAGCAGGGUCUGAAAUAUUACCGCAGAUGUUGCAUCUCUUUGCCGGGUCUUUUGAAACCACAUCCUCCACAUUGUUUUUGGUAGUCACAAUGCUGGCCAUGCAUCCAGAAUAUCAGCAAUAUGCGUAUGAGGAAGUAAUAAACAUACUACCCGAUGAUGAUGACACCGACAUCACAUUAGAACAGGUGGAUCAAUUGAUCUAUUUAGAAAUGGUGUUAAAUGAGACAUUGCGUGUUUGUCCCGUAGUACCCAUGGGUUUUCGUAAAGUUUCAAAUGAGGAUCUUACUCUUAGCAAUGGUUUAACAGUACCGGUUGGUCAAAUUAUUUGCAUUGACUUAUUUCGCUUGCAUCGCUGCAAAGAUAUUUGGGGUGACAAUGCAAACGAUUUUAAUCCCGAUAACUUUUUGCCUUCAAAUGUCAAUGCACGUCAUUCGUUCUCAUUUAUACCAUUUACAAAAGGACAACGUUCUUGUAUUGGUUGGAGAUAUGCAUUAAUAUUUGUCAAAAUUGUUUUGGCAAAAUUAAUAAAAACUUACAAAUUUUCGACAGAUUUUAAAUACAAAGAUUUAAAGUUUGAGAAUCGCAUUGCAUUAAAAUUAAUGGAAAUACCACAACUUCAUCUGGAACAACGAAAUAUUCGAAAAUAAAUUAUUAAAUGUAAU